AUGAAGCUCAGGAGUGGGACAAAGACGGCCGGCGCCCCUCAUGCGAAGGGGAUGGCCAACAAGGCCGUUGUGCAGGAGGAGGCCAAGCAACGCAACCGGGGAGAGAAAGCGCUGCUCCACAAAAUGCGUGACGACAGGCGGAGGGCCAUGAAGAAUGCUGGGAGCACGGCUGACGUGGCAGCCGUACGGCUCUCAGCAGCUCAUCAGGAGGAUGAGCCACCAGAGAUUGAUGUGAGUCAGCCACUCACACAAUCACCGGCCAGGACGCCGAGUGCCAUCACACGUGAAGACCUGAGGCAGCUGACCGAUGUGCAAAGACCCAAG